AUGAAAAUCCUUGAUCAUAUUGAGGAUGCUACACAGUUACCAACUCCUAGAUUGAACUUCUUCACUUGGUCCACAAUAUGGAGAGUCCCCACUGUCAGAUUACUUACCAAUAUCGUGAACAAUGAUGAAAAUUGGGAGCUUGAUAAUUCAGACAUUGUUUACAAGUUAUUGAAAACCAGUGAUUAUUCGGUAGAAAAAACCGAAAGUCAAUUAUCAGGACAAGAAUUUGAAAUCAAUAAUUAUCCUGAAUGGUUAAUUUUAUUCCCCGAAGUGAACAUUUGGAAUAAAACUGAUUUAUACUUACAACAGAAACAAGGCGAGAAAUAUUAUUUGCCAAAACUAAAUCAUUUACUAUACCCAAGGUUUAAGAAUUUCAAUAAAACCAUUGCAACAAUUAGAAAAUUGAAAGGGUUGAACAUCCCACACCUUCAUAGCUUGACAAUUUUCUAUUAUGAUAAGUUGACCAAGCAUGAAAUUUGUCCAUCAUUGAUAGAUUUCGUUGGGGAUCUUCCUUCAAAUAUUUUGGUGAGAGUUCAUAUAAAAUCAAGAUCAUUAAAAAGACUUCCUACUAGAUCCAAUAAAUUGGAGAAAUGGCUAGAAAAUGAAUGGGACUCUAAGGAAAAAUUAUUGGAGUCUAUGGAGCGAAGCAUUGGUCAUUUUCUAUGA